UUGUGUGUGUGUGUAUAUAUAUAUAUAUGUGCAUCGCUCAUAUAUAUAUUUUUUCCCUUUUUCCCCUUUAAUUUUUUUUUUUCUUAACAAGAAAAUCUGCUGGGUCCCUGGCAGCCGCCGCUGCCCCUUUGAUGUUUUGGUACGCCGUGCGCAUGCGCCUCCCAUUAGAAUUACCGCACUGGGCAGACUAAGUUGGAUCUCCUCUCUUCCGCGAAACCUCAAUCCGGGCAAAAACUAAAGGGAUGUGGAGAGUCCGGGAAAGGGGCUACUUUGGGAUUUGGUCAUUCCCCUUGAUAAUCGCCGCGGUCUGCGCGCAGAGUGCCAAUGACCCUAGUAACAUGUCGCUGGUUAAAGAGACGGUGGAUAGACUCCUGAAAGGCUAUGAUAUUCGUCUGAGACCCGAUUUUGGAGGUCCCCCCGUGGCCGUGGGAAUGAACAUUGACAUCGCCAGCAUUGACAUGGUUUCCGAAGUGAAUAUGGAUUAUACCUUGACAAUGUACUUUCAGCAAGCCUGGAGAGAUAAGAGGCUGUCCUAUAACGUAAUACCUUUAAACUUGACUUUGGACAAUAGAGUGGCAGACCAGCUCUGGGUGCCUGACACCUACUUCCUGAAUGAUAAGAAGUCCUUUGUGCAUGGAGUGACCGUCAAGAAUCGCAUGAUCCGCCUGCAUCCAGACGGGACCGUCCUUUAUGGCCUCAGAAUUACAACCACAGCUGCCUGCAUGAUGGACCUACGGCGGUACCCACUGGAUGAACAGAAUUGCACCUUGGAAAUUGAGAGCUAUGGAUAUACAACCGAUGAUAUUGAGUUUUACUGGCGUGGGGAUGAUAAUGCAGUAACAGGAGUAACAAAGAUUGAACUUCCACAGUUCUCUAUAGUUGAUUACAAGCUGAUCACCAAGAAGGUUGUUUUCUCCACAGGUUCCUAUCCGAGGUUGUCCCUCAGCUUUAAGCUUAAGAGAAACAUCGGUUACUUUAUCCUGCAGACCUACAUGCCUUCCAUCCUGAUCACUAUCCUUUCCUGGGUCUCUUUCUGGAUUAAUUAUGAUGCUUCUGCUGCAAGAGUGGCAUUAGGGAUCACAACUGUCCUUACAAUGACCACCAUCAAUACCCACCUCCGAGAGACGCUCCCCAAGAUCCCCUAUGUGAAGGCCAUUGACAUGUACCUGAUGGGGUGCUUUGUCUUUGUUUUCAUGGCCCUUCUGGAAUAUGCUUUGGUCAACUACAUCUUCUUCGGGAGGGGACCCCAACGCCAAAAAAAAGCAGCUGAGAAGGCUGCAAGUGCCAACAAUGAGAAGAUGCGCCUGGAUGUCAACAAGAUUUUUUAUAAAGAUAUUAAACAAAAUGGGACCCAAUAUCGAUCCUUGUGGGACCCUACUGGAAACCUCUCCCCAACUAGACGGACUACCAAUUACGAUUUCUCUCUGUAUACGAUGGACCCCCACGAGAACAUCUUACUGAGCACCCUUGAGAUAAAGAACGAAAUGGCCACGUCGGAGGCAGUGAUGGGACUGGGCGACCCCAGGAGCACCAUGCUGGCCUACGAUGCCUCCAACAUCCAGUACCGGAAAGCCGGCUUGCCCAGGCAUAGUUUUGGCCGGAACGCCCUGGAACGACACGUGGCCCAAAAGAAAAGCCGCCUGCGGAGACGUGCCUCCCAGCUGAAAAUCACCAUCCCCGACUUGACUGAUGUGAAUGCCAUCGAUCGGUGGUCCCGCAUAUUCUUCCCCGUGGUUUUCUCCUUCUUCAACAUCGUCUAUUGGCUUUAUUACGUGAACUAAAAUCCGAGCCUUCCGCGGGCAGCAAGGACUCGAUUCCUCCUGGCACCAGUUGUACAGCCUGAUGUUGGACUUGGAGAGCACCUCCACUCCCGGACAAAAGUGAUGCUAAAAUACCUUAGUUGCUGGUCUAUCCUGUGGUCCAUUCCAUACCAUUUGGGUUGCUUCUGCUCAGUAACGGACACCCUGAGGGCCCCGUGGUUUUCCAGUUCAAAUGCAAGCGAUUCAUACACACGCUGGCGAGAUUGGGUCCGAGUGUGCCGCUCCCUGAGCCAUGAAUGAGCCGCGACACAGAGGGGGGUUGUGGAAAGAUAAAUUCUUAGAAGGAGCCAUAGCAUUGUCAGUCUUUUCACUGAGAAGAGACCAGACGCCGCGUGUCGCCAUCCCUAGCCCCAGGGUUGGCAGGCUGCUGAGACGGCACGGCACCCUGUAUCUGGAACCCUCUGCAAUGCCUGGUAGAUAUGCUGACCGGAGAUCAGUCUCAGCUGGAGGAGUAAGAUGAUAAUGGUGCCACUGGGAUAUCUUUCCAGCUGGAUUCUAGAAGGUUCUCGUGUGCUUCCGACCUGAUAAGGAGAGUCCAGACAGGAAACCAGUUUGACUAGUCUCAGGAGGCUUGAGCGAGAGAGAACCAACUGUAACGUCUUCCAUUGCGAUACUUAGAGAAGGGAGACUUCUGAGCAUUAUCAUACAUGGUGACCAGUGAUUUUUUUUUCUAAAAUGUUAUUUUCUAGGUGACUUGUAAAUAAGAAUUAAUAGCCCAGAGCCAGUGGAGAACCCAGAAAGGACUACUGAAACAAAAUUAAAGCAAACACACAAUGUCAUCCCUCUCAGUCCCACACAGCUUCCGGCCUAAUGUCCAGUAGUCAGUGGGAAAAUCAAAGCAAGAGAUUUUUUUUUUCCCCAGCCUCACAAACUUUUAAAAACAUACACCGUUUUUGUUCUAGUCCAUUAAAAUGAAACAAAACAAAAACAAAACAAAAACUUCUGUUUUAGUCCAUUAAAAGGAAACACAACCACAGAAAAAUAAUUUAGCACAAUUAGAAAUCUCUUAGACAUGAUAUUGGCGGAAUAUUUCAAAUAUAUUGAUGUAUAGAGCACAGACAAAACACUUCCAGUUAUUUCUACAACAUUUCCCUAUAAAUUUUAUUUCUGAAUUUCGUGGGGGUAGUUUUUAAAAGGAUUUACUCAUUUCUUUUAAAGACUAAUGAUUCUUUCCAGUUCUCCUUCCUUCUGAAAUUGAUUGAAUACUUUAAGAAACAAAAUACCUUUUUGGAAGGACUGAGAGAGUGAAGUAUAUAUAUAUUUUUUUCUGAUGCAAAAUUAAAUUCAUUUUUAAAGUUUGUCAUGACAAACACCAUCUCAAAGAUUAUGUAUAUAAGUAAAGUCAGUUUGGGGGUUUGUUGGGUUUAUUUUAUGAGUGUGCUUUUAUUAUGUCCAUUAAAACCCGCCUAACCCAGGAAACAAGGAUAACAAAAUUCAGAACAACAACAACAAAAAAACCAUAAAGCUUGUGAAUAUUAUGAGCCUCAGCUGAUAUUACAGGAAACGAUAUGCCCGAUAAUUGUGACUGAGAAAUGUAAUUGUUUUAGUUUUAUUUUGAAUUCUUUUCCUGUACUAAUUGGUCCGUGAUUGCUCCUUACAUGGGCAAGAAGGAGAAUAUACACUACUUAGUCUCUGUCGAUGUGAGGUUCAUAUUAUUUUUUAUUAUCUUGAAGAAAACUGUGAGUCAUUCAGUUUCUCUUAGAGUCUGAUCUGGUUGAUUGUUUUCUUGGAGGAUGACUUUACUCUUGGUUAAACGGCGAGACACUUUAGAGUGAUGUCCCUAGUGGGGCAGAGUGGCCUCGGCCAGUGUCUCCUGUGGAUUCAGUGUCUGUUUUCUUCCACUGAUGAGUCAGCAGCUUUGGAUAGGGAGGAGUCCUGUGACUCGAUUGUUCCAGCAGCAGCAACAACAAAAAGGAAUUAAUUUUUCAAAUGUGUACCAGGAAGGAAUUUUCCCCCCGUCGCCAGCAUAGAGAACUCUGGUCCUUAUGUGUUUGUUUAUACACUUGAACCCCUCUGAGUCUGAUGUCUGGGCAGAAUCCAGCCAGUGUUCUGUCUCCGUGCUCAGAGGAAAGAUUCAUCAAGUUUCUCCAGGGACUCCCUCUUAGCCAGUCAUUUGGGGGCAUCACACUAAUCAAAGUGCCUGUCCCUUGUCACCAGGGGGUAAAGCUUGAGCAAACUAUAUCUGGAAGGAACAUAUCAAAUAACUCAGGUGCACAACUCCCAAAUGCCAUUCUGGAAAGAUUUUUCUAGAGACAACUCAGAGCCCCCCGUCUGAAAGCGGGCUCUUAUUUGCAAUUGACAUAAAAGCCAUAACAUUCCUUGGUGUUGUCAAUUAUGGUCACAGCAGAAUUCUGAUGCACAGGUAAGCUAGAGGAGGGAUUUAGACUCAAGUGGAGGAAAGAAGCUUUGCAGUACGCACUUCAAGAGCAUAUGACCAGGGAUUCAUUUUUGCUCUCAGUGAUAAAGAAGAAAAGCGGGGAGGAGCAAGGAUGGAACUUUGGUUCCGAUGUCCUAGAGUGAAACCUUUAUGUUGGUGUUCAGCAAUCAGGUCAGUGGACACAGCUUGCUCACCUGCCCAGAGAUAACGAGAGAGAGAAUUUCUUCUUAAACACUACUUCUUACUGUAAUUGAGUUGGAUUGUAGUCUUCUGAUUGGCGAAGGGCAUUGGAGGGGUGCUAGAUCUCAGAAAUCUAUGAUGACAGUCAGCUCGAUAGCCAGUUGCUAAAUAUAAGGACCACUAAUGUGUGUUUUGACAAUUCUAAUAGUCUUACAAUCCAUUUCUACAUAUACGUGUUAACCUUUUCUUUUGAUCAAGAAAUAGCCAGCAAUUAAGGUGUUUUCUCAUCUCUGUGGAAUUUAUAGGCAAAUUCUGAUUCUAAAAAUGCACAGUCUAAUCGAAGCAUUUGAUCUCAAUCUGUAUAUAUAUAUUGUACAUGACUUCUAGUAGGUAUGAAAUGCAUUUCCAGAAUUGAAAACUCCUGCAACCCAAUCAUGUGUUUGCAUAAGGAAUGUUAUCAUUCUUUCGACUGCAAUUUAAUACCAGGAAAAGACUUAAGCAGAGCCACUAGACCUUCUCCUCAUUUCUUCAAAAGCAGUGCUAAGUAAAACUAAUAAUAAAAAAAAAUGGUUUAUGAACCAAAAGACUUUACAUUCUAGCUUUAGGAACACACACACACACAAAAAAAAAAAUUCGUCUGCUUACAAAAAAAAAAAGCACAACACAUAGAGAAAGUUCAGUGGAGUGCAUAAUGAGGAAAUGAAUCUUGCUUAUUUUAAGCAAGACCUGCAUUAAAUUGGCAACUAAGACAAUUUCCAUUUUCUAGAGAUAUUUGUGUUCCAGUUUCACGAUGACUUCAUACUCAGAACAAAAACAGCAGAACAAUCAACAAACAGGUCUUCCAACAUAUCUACAUGUGUAUAUGUGUGUGUGCACGUGCGUGUGUGUGUGUGUGUGUGUGUGUGUGUGGAGAGAAAGAGAUUCAUGUAGACAUACAUGCAUAUAUAUGUAUCCAUAUGUUGUGGAGCAAAAGGAAUAAGCUAAUAUGUUGUAUUUCCUCCAUUAAACCAGUGUAGGGAUAUUUUUAAUCUGGCAACAAACAAGGCGACAUAUUGAGACGGUAAUACAGGGCACUGAACAUUUCUCUAUCAGCAAAUCAAUGCCGCGAGUUCUUACCGACCAUUGCACAGCCUGAUGCUAUACUAGUACUGUACCUCGGAGCACCAGAAAUUAACUAGUUCUUCAUCGCUUGUCCACUUGCUCUCUUUUUUCCACAAAAACAGCAUUGUCCAUUGGUGAUUUUAAAACUGUCUUAAGAAAACAGAAAAAUAUUUUUAAAAAUUCCUCCUAAGAGGAGGACAAAAAAAAAAGAAAAAAAAAAGACAGCACCCCCCUAACACGUCGAUUAGGGCCAAUACUGUCCAUCAUAGCAAUCAUGCCAUUUUGCAAAGUGUACAGAUAUAUGUAAUGUGAGCGACCAUCACUUUCACUGAGCGUGUGUAAAUAUUGAAACAGAUUUCUUACAUAUUUUUAACUUCUAAUUUGUAUUUUAUGGUAAGGCAACGUGCUAAUUCUGUUCAUGGCUUAAGUUGGUGUGUUACUGUGUAAAUAAUUAAACCUGCUGUAAAUGAAUAGUCAGUAGAUACCAAUAACUCUUUAAUUCUUUUCUGAAUUUUUUUUUAUUUUUUUACUAAGUGUAGUUACUGCCAUGCCCCAGCAGAGUAAUUUAAACACCCUUUUGCAUAAAUGGUUUGGGAUCCCAGACAGAAGGGUUUCGAUUCUCUAGCUCUCUCUCCCACGGACAGACCCACACACUCACUCACACACAGAUACUCUCCUUGCCAUCCGAGUAGCCCCACGCAUGCCCCCGACGGAAACGCUGGAGUGUCGAUGUGGUCACUGUAACAACCAGCAGAUGAUCGCCUUAGAAAUGACAACUGUGAAAAGCAGGAAUGAUCGUUGGUAAAGAGCUUUUUCUAUGCCGGAGUUCAACAAACCAAAGGUUGUAACUUACAUCUCAGUUUUCAAAGAGUCAAAGUUUAUAAAGAUGACAUUACAGGGAAUAAAAAUGCUUAGUAUUCAUAACUGCAUCAUAAAUUUGUUACAUACAAUUCAUACUAGACUUUUUUUUUUAAGAAGAGAAACAAUAGCAUUUUAUUCUUGGGUAGUAUUGUUCCUUUCAACCAAAGAUGCUAGAAUUAUUAAAAAACAGAAAAGGAAAGAAAAAAUUUAAAAUGUGGGGAAAAUGAAAAAAAAUAGACACUGCUUCACACCAAAGGCUUAAAAUCAUUUUCCAAAUGCACUAGGACUUGUAAUAGUGAGGAACCAAUAGAAUGCCAACUAAGAUUCUGCCCUACAGAUAGUUAAGAAAGAAAAAAAAACGCAGUAAUCUUAAAUAUCGCUCAGUGGUUUGGAAAUUGAAUCGAACAUUUCUGUAGAUAUGUGCAAGAUUCUUAUAUUGAUUUUAAUUUUUUUUGAGAAUUUCUUAGUGAUAAAUAUCCAGAAUGAUAAAAAAAAAACUUUGUGUUUCGUUUUGUUUUAACUUUGAAAACCAAAAGUCUCUCUCCUGUCACAUGUCCGCUGAUGUCUGCCCACAUGUGUGUUUUGGCACCAUCUGAAGUGAUCGAUGCUUCGUCAGCUUGUAUCUUUCCUGUUUCAGUCCAAUAAUUUGAAUUCAACCAUGGUUAUUUUCAACAUAAAUAGGAGUUGCAAAUAAUUACAAGUCCAUAACAUUUUAAAACCAAUUUUAUUUGCAUGGGUGUUUAAAUAGUUCUGUUAUGAGUAUUGUCCCUGCAUAGUUAUGAAUUGUCUUUUUAUAAAAAGUGAUAUUCUAGUUUCUUCACACUGUAGUGAUUAUCAGCCUUACUGAGUACCUGGUAGCCUUUCUUAAUAUGCACAUAAUGCACAUUUUCCAAUGGCUAGAAAAUGCAAAACACAAGUGGAUAUCAUUGCAUCUACUUUCAUGUCUUUCUAAAAACAGGACUACUAAAAAAUCUCUGGGAUACAUGAGAUAGUAAAAAAAAAUGAGGAUUAUAAAUGAGUAGCACAUAAGAAUUAUUUUCUGGAAUUUAAACUUAAUACAAUCAAUUUCAGCAUGUAAAUAUAGAUUAAUGUUGGAUAGUGUGUAAUUCUUGAACUAAGAAAUAUAAAUAAAACUUAAAAGGAUA